AUGAAUAUGAGAUUCAUGGCUUUCUCAUCUCCCUCUGAUCUUGCUACAUCGUCUGCAUCUUUCUUUCUUCUUUUUUCCGGGUCUUCUUCUUUAGACUCCAUUGUUUUGGAAUCUUGGGAGGUCUCCGAAAGAACAUCUUUGAGUCCUGGUACGCUGAGAGUUGCGUACAUCCUCUUCUUCCAGAUCGAGAAAUCCCCCGAUCCGUCGAACAUCGAACUGCAGCUUUCUUCAGGGACAAGUCACCAUAGAGGUCCACCACCUGCAGCGAAAUCAUCUAUUGAUGCAUUACCAACGGUCAAGAUCAUACAGAAGCAUCUCAAGUCGUCAGACUCUCACUGUCCGGUUUGCAAAGAGGAGUUUGAGUUGAAGUCUGAAGCAAAACAGAUGCCGUGUAAACAUGUAUAUCAUUCUGACUGCAUUGUCCCGUGGCUGGUUCAGCAUAAUACAUGCCCGGUUUGUCGUAAAGAGUUACCGUCAAGAGGAUCGUCUUUAAGUGCACAGAGUGAACAGAACAGAAGUACCAAUAGAAGAAGGAACCUUUUCUCUAGUGUCUGGCCGUUCCGAUCGUCUAGCUCAAGCUCUACACAAAACCGUAGAGAAACAAACAACACAGCCAAUACAGAAGAAGGCCAGUAUACUCGUUAUCAGCAUCAUCACCAACAUCAGCAACAACAAGCCAAUAUGGGUUAUAGUGGAUGGCCUUUUGACUAUUAACUCUUUGUUAAGGCUUUGUAUCUCAUUUUGGUCUUUUGUAUUUUGUUUUAAAACUUUUGUCUUAUUCUGCUGUCUUUCAUUUAAUGGUAGACCUUUGAUAAGCUUGGUGAAGUCUUCAUCUGCUGAGCUGGCAUGAGGAGAUACUCUACCUGCUUCAGAGACUUUGCAGUUGAACAUGAAUCAAGUAUAAAAGCACAUGAUCGUCCUUUUGGGAGAGGGAGCUUUGGAUUUAGAAUUGAGUCACGAGACUUGAGUGAGAGCAGCUGGGUUAAGCCAGUGUUCUUGAGGAGAUUGUGCUCGGGUUAAGCCGACGCAUCUCAACGGUUCGAGAUCCAAAGUGUAGUUCGUUAUCUCAUUGAUUCAAUAAAGUGUUUGGAGUGUUGUGAUUGAGUUGUUACAAGAGAAUCGAUAGGUAAAACUCUAUCAAUUGGUGCGGUGAGCCGUUCGAUCGCUUCGGUGACGGCGAGUUCGGAUCCUGUGAAUCGCGGUGGUGCUUUAGCUGAUUCCGACGUUCGUGUGAAGUUUUGAAUCCGACGGUGAGAGGAUCGAAGAAUCAAGUGGCGUCUGGAUCGGAAUCAAUGGCAACAGAGUGUGUAGGGAUUCCAAUUUUCACAGGAGCUGACUUGCGAUCAUGGAUUUCGUGGUUGGAGAAGUUCUUUGUGCGAGAAGAUUUCACGGAUGAUGAUGAUAAACUUAAUUUCGCUCAAAGCUUCAUGGAAGGUGAAGAUAUAUCGUGGUUCCAGUGGAGACAAUCAUUGUGGUUGUUAAAUAGUUGGGAGGCACUGAAGAAAUCUUUGUGGUUACGGUUUGGAAGCGAUGAAGAUCCGGAGAAUAUAAUGUACAAUACGGAAAUUCAGAAAGGCUUAGAACAGUUGCGAAGCUUUGGUCCAGGGAGCGAAUCCAAAAGUGACAGGUAAAACUCUAUCAGACUCAUGCAGCUAGCAAAGCUUGACCAUUCUUGGAAUCUCUCCAUCUCAUUAAUUUUUUUUUAGGUUUUGUCUCAGUUUAGACGAAAGUGAUAGUUAGACCAUCUCCAAUGUAUUUCU